AUGGGCCGCGAGAUUCUAGACGGUGAGGUUGGCACUACAGGGUCUAAUGAGACUUUAUCAGUGAACUCAAGCGACGAGUACAUUGAUGCGCGUAUUAGAGCGCAAAUUGGCACGAGCUAUCAUCCCAUGGGAACCGCGGCAAUGGGAAAGAUGGUAGACAAUGACUUGAAUGUCAAGGGAGUCAAGAGUCUCCGCAUUGUUGACGCCUCGGUCUUCCCGGUACCGAUCAGUGGACAUCUUCAGGUCCCUACAUUCGCCAUGGCAGAGCAGGCUGCAGAAAUCAUCUAUGCUAAUAGGCGCGCCGCAGAGUAA